CACAGGCCAGAGAAGACAACUCUAUGAAACUGAUCAGAUCGUAUGCUUAUCUUGCUGCCAACUUUUAUUCAGUGACUGUAAACGUUCCGAUGGUAAAGAGGGGAAGAAAACAAUUUUCCGAUUUAACCAAUUUACUGAAACAGCCUGAACGUUGUGGCACAGAGAGUCAGUGCAUUCAUCAUGGUGUACAGGUCAUCCCGCAGACCAGUUCAGGACGAGAAUAUCUACCUGACUAGAUUUGACAAAGACUUAAAAACAGAUGUUGUUUCAGACAAACACCAUGGUACAAUCCAUUUUUGGCAAAUCUGUUCUGUGAUUCUUGUUUUGAUCUGUCUUGGGCUCACGGUGGCUAUUGUCGUGCUUUCCACGAGUGGCAAUAUCCCAGACACACCAAGAUGCGGAACUUCAAAAAUUAAUAGGAAUUUUGUUGACCUGAGCGAGCCGGAUAAGCCCGGUCCUUUUCAUGACCUGACCAAGUCUGAGAUGAAAAAACUGAGAGAGUUUUUAGAGAAUGAUCCCAACAUCCACGUUGAGCCUGCAGAGACUGCAAGAAUGGAGCAGAGCGCCCUCUACCUGUUGGAUCUCUAUCCAGCCAAAAAAGCAGACGUCAUCAGAUAUUUGGACAACAGCGGUCCUCAACCCAUCAGACAAGCUCGGGCCAUUGUGUUCAGAGGAGAUCUCAGCUCUCCUGUUGUUGAGGAGUACAUAUGUGGACCAUUACCAGAAGUAAAGAAGUGCUCACUGUUAAAGUCGGACAAAAGAAGAAAUCCUGUAGAGUUCGCUCUUCGUCCAAUCAGUUUGGUUGAGAACGAAGCUAUUGUAGAUGUUCUUCUCAGAGAAAUCGAUAGGAAAGUAGGAUUCAUUUUGAAAGAGAGUUACGGUACGUCGUUUUACAACUGCUUCCCCGAGGAGUGCCUCACCAUGUAUACGACGCCCAUGGGCACCAACCUCGUCGGCGACAUUAGUAUGCGACGCUCCUGGGUGUGGGCGGUGUACCCCGUAGAGUAUUACGCUCUCCACCCUCUAGACUUUGCAGCGUUGGUCAACUGCGACGGUAGUGACCCCCGGAAAUUCUCAGUGGACAAGAUCUGGUACCAUGGCAAGAUGCAUGAGAGUGUUGAUGACUUCAUCGCUGCUUACAACUCUAACAAGACUGGUAAGACACGUGUGAGACAGAGGUUCAACAGUCAAGAUGCUUUCUCCAGCUUGCACCAACGAGGUGACCUGCUUCCUGACCAACCCUUGAGACCACCAACACUCGUCGAGCCUGAUGGGAUACGAUAUACUUUAAAAGGUCGUCAAAUAGAAUACCUAGGAUGGAGUUUCUAUUUCCGGUUAUCUGCCCUUACUGGCCCAAGUUUCUGGGACAUUCGCUACAAAGGAGAGAGAAUCGCUUAUGAGUUGAGUCUAUCAGAAUUUGCUGUGUUUUACUCGGCUCACAAUCCUAUGCAGAGGACAACAGAUUUUGUAGACUCGGGAGCACUCAUUGGUUUUCAUGCCAAGUCUCUAGUUCCUGGAGCCGAUUGCCCUGAGACUGCUACGUUUAUAAAUCAGAGUUUUUCGGGGCAAGUCGUGUCGGAGCCUUUAGAAAUCUCUCGUGCGCUCUGUCUGUUUGAGAACAACAAUGGCUACCCGCUGAGGCGUCACUUGUCUUACACCAAGGGAGAGGGAGGCUUCUACGGAGGCAUGCUAGACUCUGUUCUUACCAUCAGGUGUGCUGUGACUAUCAUCAACUAUGAUUACAUUCUCGACCUGAUCUUACAUCAGAACGGCGUUAUAGAGUCUCGCGUUAUGAGCACAGGCUAUAUCUUGCCAUCCUUCUACACAUCGGAAGAAAGACCGUACGGUUUUCAGACUGAGGAGAAUUUCUUUGGACCAGUUCAUCAUCACAUGUUUCAUUUCAAAGUUGAUCUUGAUAUAUCUGGAGUUUCAAACAGAUAUGAAACUCUGGACGUUUCUGUGGAAACAGUCGACUUAAGAUCAGCCAAAGGAACAUCUUACUAUCAGACCAGAUUUGACCGGAACUUAAAGAAAACCGAAAAAGAGGCUCUUUUCAAGUUUAAUUUUGAUAAACCAAAGUACCAUGUAGUUCACAAUGAACAUGUUAAAACAAAAUUUGGUGAACUUAAAGGCUACAGAAUCGCUCUCGAUGGAAUGUCUAAGCAACCACUGCCAGAGAAUGAGAACAACGAAGGGACAAUCGCUUGGGCCCGUCACCAGAUGGUGGUAACAAAACAUAACGAUGAAGAGCCACUGUCCAGCUCAUCCUACGCAAUGCUGGAUAGUUUAAAUCCCGUGGUCAACUUCACGAAGUUCUAUGAGGACGAUGAGAAUAUUGUAGAUGAGGAUCUUGUCUUCUGGAUCACAUCCGGCAUGCACCACAUCACACGUAGUGAGGAUCUGCCCCUGACUACAACCGUAGGCAACCACCUGACAUUUUUCCUGCUGCCCUUUAAUUACUUCAAGGAAUGUCCAUCUGUCGCUUCUAGAGAUCAUAUUCGUAUAUCUCAUAAGAACCCAAAAGACCAGAAAGAAGGGGUCAAAGUUGAAAGAAACGGAAAUCAGUUUCACACAUGCUCGCUGCCACCAGUGUCCAAAGAGUAUGACGACCUUGUAGAAGAGAAUCCAGACAUAAUAUUAGAGAGCAGACAUGUCAGGGGAUUCUUCUAAAAUAUUGCAAUAAAAAGUUGAAAUAAGAAAAUAGAUUUACGUAUUUUA